AUGCCGCAACCUCUCCCCUCGAAAGAGGCAUCCCUCUUCCGUUCCGUCAUCCGAUACUAUGAGGACAAGCAAUACAAGCGUGGACUGAAGUCCGCAGAGCUUAUCCUCAAGAAGCACCCCAAGCAUGGAGACACCACCGCCAUGAAGGCCUUGAUCUUGAAUGCGCAGGGCAAGACGGAAGAGGCAUUCGCCUUGGGCAAGGAAGCUCUGACGAUGGAUAUGAAGUCGCACAUUUGCUGGCACGUGUAUGGUCUUUUGCACCGGGCGACCAAGAACUUCGAGGAAGCUAUCAAGGCCUACAAGUUUGCUCUCCGGCUAGAACCGGAGUCGUCACAGAUUCAGCGAGACCUGGCUAUCCUGCAGAUCCAGUGCCGCGAUUAUGCUGGCUACAUCCAGAGCCGAACUGCCAUGCUCCAGGCCCGACCACAGAUGCGCCAAAGCUGGACGGCGCUUGCCAUUGCCCACCAUCUUUCUGGAAACCCGGCCGAGGCUGAGAAGGUCAUGACCACCUAUGAGGGAACUCUUAAGACCACGCCCUCGAAAUUCGACGUGGAGCAUUCUGAGGCCAUCAUGUACAAGAACUUCCUCAUUGCGGAGCAAGGAGAUUAUGAGCGGGCUCUCGAGCACCUAAAUACCGCAGCGAAGCAAAACCUCGAUCGAUUGGCCGUUUUGGAAGCUCGUGCUGAGUACCUGGAGAAGCUGGGCCAAAAGGAAAAGGCCGCCGAGGCCUAUCGGGCGCUCCUCGACCGCAACUCGGAGCACCCCCAUUAUUAUGAGAAGCUACUUGAGGUUCUUGAGAUUCCUAAGGAAGACACCAAGGCCCGAAAGGCUAUCUAUGACGAGUAUGCCGAGAAGUCCCCUCGAUGCGACGCCGCCCGCCGACUGCCCCUCGACUUCCUCACGGGCGAUGAUUUCAAGCAGGCUGCUGAGGCCUACCUGACCCUGAUGCUCAACAAGGGUGUUCCGUCGACCUUUGCUAACUUGAAGCACCUCUACUCUGAUUCUUUCAAGAAGGAUACCCUCCGUGAGCUUGCUGAAAAGUAUCUUAGCUCCCAAAACUCCGAUGCUUCAAGUAAGGAUAAGGGAGAGGCGGCAGGACUUUACUACCUGGCGCAGCAUUACAAUUAUCACCUGAGCCGCGAUUUGACCAAAGCCACUGAGUACAUCGACAAGGCUAUCGAGAAGGAUCCUAAGAGUGUCGACUUUUGCAUGACCAAGGCCCGAAUUAUCAAGCACAGCGGGGACCUGCGAAAGGCCGCUGAAACCAUGGAUCGUGCCAGAAAGCUUGAUCUCAAGGAUCGAUACAUCAACACCAAGGCCGCGAAGUACCAGCUCCGCAACAACCAAAACGAAAAGGCACUCAAGACGGUCGGUCUUUUCACCCGCGCAGAGACGGUUGGCGGCCCCCUGGCAGACCUUUUGGAUAUGCAGUCUAUCUGGUUCUUGACUGAGGAUGGCGAGGCAUACGCACGACAGGGAAACAUUGGACUCGCCCUCAAGAGAUUCCAGCAGAUCGCCAACAUCUUUGAUGUUUGGCACGAGGAUCAGUUUGAUUUCCACAGCUUCUCUUUGAGAAAGGGACAGAUCCGAGCCUACGUCGACAUGAUCCGAUGGGAGGACCACGUUCGCGACCACCCUUUCUUCUCUCGUGCCGCUCUGGAUGCAAUUGAAGUCUACCUGAAGCUAGCAGACAAGCCUUCCGCCAACGGAGUCAACGGUGCCGAGGAUGAAACCGAAGAGGACGCCCUCGCCAAGAAGAAGGCGGCCAAGAAGGCCAAGAAGGAACAGCAGCGCCUGGAGCGAGAGGCCACUGAGAGGCAAGCCAAGCAGGAUCCCAACAAGGGUACCAAGGAUGGAGAGGAAAAGAAGAAGGACGAUGAUCCUCUAGGCCUGAAGUUGGCCGAGACUACUGACCCUCUUGGAGAGGCCAUGAAGUUUAUCACCCCCCUGCUCCAGUUCAGCCCCAAGAACAUCGACGCCCAGUUCGCUGGUUUCGAGGUCUACAUGCGCCGAAAGAAGUAUGUUCUUGCGCUCCACUGCCUCACAGCGGCCUUGGCACUUGACCCCAAGUCGCCCCGUGUGCAUGAGCAGACUGUCGCGUUCCGACAUCUCCUGAACACAGCCACCGACAUUCCGCCCAAGGUUCUUGAGGUGCUAAAGGCUGAAUUCAAGGCUAUUGAGCCUUCUACGGACCUCGCCGCCUACAACGACGAGUUCCUAUCUGCGAACAAGAGCAGUCCUCGUCACGUACUGUCCGCCAUCAAGACGCAGAGGCUACUAGGCCAGGACAAGGCCAAGAGCGAGGAGGCGGUCACCGGAAUUCUAGAAAUUCCCGAUGUUGAAUAUUCCGAUGCUAUUGAGGGCUUGGAGGUGCUCAAGAGCUGGAAGAGCUCACAGGUGGAGGCGUUCAAGAAGGCGGCUCUCGCAAAGUUUCCCGAUGUGACUAGGCUUGCUUAA